AUGUUCCCCCUUUCCUUGGAUCUUUUUGUGAACGGGAGGGCUGGCGUACUAGAAGCAAAAGAGCGUUCAGGUGGUCGCGCCCAUCAGAACACACCAUUGGAUAUGGAUCUACCUAUUCUCGAUAUUCUAGAAUCAGUGGUCGGUUUGAAUGCUCCAGAUUUGGACUACCGCAAGCAGUGGGAAGAGGACGUCGAAUUAUAUGCACCCGGUUAUUUGGCGCUCGAGGCUGCUGGAAAGGGGGGAGAAUAUGACCUCAAUUGUCUUACCGCUCCGAUCGAGAUUCCAGAUGGGCUAAAGGCAGUUUAUCAAAAGUUUUUGGAAGCGAAGUCUCAUUAA